GAUGACCUGAGGAAGAUCGUCACAACCCUUGCGGUAAAGAACGAAGAGAUCCAAAAUUUCAUCUAUUUGCUCAAGCAGAUGCUUCAAAAUGUGGAGAGUAAUUCGAAUCGGGUUCAAGAAGACCUGGAAACCGAGUUCCAAUCUCUGUACCUCCUGCUGGAUGAGCUCAAGGAAGGCAUGUUGAUGAAGAUCAAGCAAGAUCGAGCCAGCCGCACUUACGAGCUGCAGAACCAGCUGGCGGCGUGCACAAAAGCCUUGGAAAGCUCAGAGGAACUUUUAGAAACUGCCAACCAGACCCUCCAAGGGGCCGAGAAUCAUGAUUUAUACCAG